ACUGGCCUCAGAUGAGUCAAAUAAUAAUGGAGCUCUGAAUUUAACGACAGCAAAUUGCCCAAGUUCGCCAUGGGUCUGUUCCUCUGAACCUCUUUGGAGCAGAUCUGAACAAGUUAGUAGGCUCCAGGCCUCGAUGUGGAGCCCAGACAUGGAGACGUUCAAGCAGCAGAAGGUGGAGGACUUUUAUGACAUCGGGGAGGAGCUGGGGAGCGGCCAGUUCGCCAUCGUGAAGAAGUGCCGAGAGAAGAGCACGGGGCUGGAGUACGCCGCCAAAUUCAUCAAGAAGCGGCAGAGCCUGGCCAGCCGGCGGGGCGUGCGGCGGGAGGAGAUUGAGCGCGAGGUGAGCAUCCUGAGGCAGGUGCUGCACCCCAACGUCAUCACGCUGCACGACGUCUACGAGAACCGCACCGAUGUGGUGCUCAUCCUGGAGCUAGUGUCCGGAGGAGAGCUCUUCGACUUCCUGGCCCAGAAGGAGUCACUGAGCGAGGAGGAGGCCACCAGCUUCAUUAAGCAGAUCCUGGAAGGGGUGAACUACCUUCACACCAAGAAGAUCGCUCACUUUGAUCUCAAGCCAGAAAACAUUAUGUUGUUAGACAAGAAUAUUCCCAUUCCACACAUCAAGCUGAUUGACUUUGGCCUGGCUCAUGAAAUAGAAGAUGGAGUUGAGUUUAAGAGCAUUUUUGGGACGCCGGAAUUUGUUGCUCCAGAAAUCGUGAACUAUGAGCCCCUGGGGCUGGAGGCCGAUAUGUGGAGCAUCGGUGUCAUCACCUACAUCCUCCUAAGCGGAGCAUCCCCUUUCCUGGGAGACACGAAGCAGGAGACGCUGGCGAAUAUCACGGCAGUGAGUUACCACUUCGAUGAGGAGUUCUUCAGCCAGACUAGCGAGCUGGCCAAGGACUUCAUAAGGAAGCUUCUGGUUAAAGAGACCCGGAAACGACUCACAAUCCAAGAGGCUCUCAGACAUGCCUGGAUCACGUCGAUAGGAGAAGUCAGAGCCUCCGAACAGCAGAAGACCAAGCGCCUGAGAGAGUACACCCUCAAAAGCCACUCGAGCAUGCCCCCCAACAACACCUAUGUCAACUUCGAGCGUUUUACCCACGUGGUAGAGGACAUGGCUCAGGUGGAGCAGGGGUGCCGCUCCCUGGCGGGGGCCCAUGACACCAUCCAGGACGACAUGGAGGCCUUGGUCUCCAUCUACAACGAGAAGGAGGCAUGGUACCGAGAGGAGAGCGAGAAUGCCCGGCACCACCUUUCCCAGCUCAGGUACGAGUUCCGCAAGGUGGAGUCCCUGAAGAAACUCCUGCGCGAAGACAUCCAGGCCACAGGGUCCAGCCUUGGAAGCGUGGCCAGGAAAUUGGACCAUCUGCAGGUGCAGUUUGAGGCUCUGAGGCAGGAGCUCUCGGCAGACCUACAGUGGAUCCAGGAUCUGGUGGGCAGCUUCCAGCUGGAGAGUGGGGGCACAGCUGGCCUGGGCUCCGUGUUCCGCCGGGAUGCCAGUGAAUCCUUGACGGAGCUGCUCAACAGAACGUACAGCGAGGAAGUCCUGGCCGGCUUGAAGUUCUGAGCCCCAGAAUCCAGCCAGGAAUUAAUGCAUCCUGGAUGGCUGAGUGGCUUGCAGAAGCAUGCUCUCAAGUGCCCUGCUAGGGCGUCCAGCUAGAAUUAUCCUUCAGGUUCUAGUUAGCAGUGCAUUCUGCACUUCCCCUCACCCGCCUGGUUUUCUGAAGAGGGCGCUGGCAGGGCAGCCAGGCUUUUAAAGCAGUUAGAGAAUGGAUACCCCUCAGUGGAAAGCCUUAGUUAGCAUCCCCUGCCCCAGAGGGAGGAAUGCUGGCCCUGGGGAGAUGGCUGAUCAUUGAUUCAAGAUGAUGGAGGCCUCACAUCCCGCUUCUCACCUACACACCUUACGGAUUGCAGAUCUGGGGAUAAUAUCUGAAUGGACUAGGGAUAACAGUAAGUCAGCCUGGCGCUUCCCUGCUGCAGAAGCAGGGAUUUAAAAGGAACAGAGAAAAUAAUACUGCCUUCCGCUUGCGUCGACUUUUCAUUUACCAAGCCCUGUAUGCCUGUGGCCUCGUUUGAUCCUUAAGAGAAUUCUGUGAGACAGGAAGGUGGAUAUUAUUCUUAUUCCCAUGUACCAGAUAAGGAAAUUGAUUCUGGGAGGGGCAGUGACUUACUCAGGAUCACCCACAGCUAGUCAACACAGAUGAAGCAGGAACUCAGGAUGGCCGUCUCUAAGAUGAGGUACGUGAGAGAAAUAGGGAGGCUUUGCUGUAAAUAUCGGUCUUAAUAUUAAAGUUCAGAUCCCAUAGGCAAAGUAAGCAACUUCAUUUAUUCUGCCAGGCGAACGCCAUAUCGUUCAGUCAAUUGCCCCGAGAAAUGUGUCCUAGAGGGUGGAGUUCACUGUCCCUGCCCAUCCCCAUCCCCAUGCAGAGCAGGAGAGAAAGGCAGAAGCAUCUUACCCCCCUUCACUCUUUCCCCGUUCUGGCCAAGGGCCUCAAGUUUGUGUUGAGAACAAAGACCAAAAGGUGUUCCAUAAGGUUCCUUUUCUUCUGUACCUAGGGCAUUGGGCCCUGAAAGGGCUGAGAAGCUCCGUGAGCGUUUUUGCUGAAGGUGGAAGUGAAUAUCGGGAAGUACAAGGCUCCGUGGCCCCUUCAUGACCCAAAGCUUUGAGCACACCUCCCGGAGGGCUAUGUGAUCGGAGGAGGGGCCAGCCAGCCACUCACAUUCACAGAUCAUGGCGUGUGGGCCCAGCUCCAUGGCUUGGGGAUGAGGGAGAGGCAGACUGUAUAGUUUCAAAGUGCCUUCACAGCCUCACAAACACUCUUAUCAGAUAAAACCAAACCCAUUGCUGUGGAGUCGAUUACCUACUCAUAGCGACCCUAUAGGACAGAGUAGAACUGCC